AUGCCCAUUACCAAUGCCGACAUUUCUAGCCUCUGUGCUACGCUUCCAGAAUUUACUGCUGGACAAAAUCUUUCUACUUUUAUUAAAUCCGUAGAUAAUCUAUUAAUAUUUUUGCAACAACAGAAUACUACUGCACCGCAAGAAUUUAUUAUUAACGCUCACAUUUUAUCACGUAUUAAAGGUGAACCACGAGAUUAUCUAAAUUACUCCAAUAAAACUAACUGGACAGAUGUACGUCCAGCUUUACUUACGAAAUACGGCGACAGGAGAUCUGAAGAGAUCCUUGUUACCCAAUUAACAACAACGGUACAAAAAGCUUCUGAAAGUUAUGACGACUAUCACCAUAGAAUCAUAGAUAAUUUAAACGAUUUAUUACAGCAUAUAUCGCUACAUAAUACUCCAGAAAAUUUAAAUUUUAAAACCCCUUACUUUAGAAAAUUAGCACUAAAAACCUUUUGUACUGGUCUUAACAAUCCUUACUGCGAACACCUGUCGCACUUUCAGUUAGAUUCGUUAGACGAGGCCCUACAAAAAUGUAUAGCUUUAGACAAUCAUAAAAAUCAAGUAUCUUAUAUGAAUUUCUUAAAAUCCCAACAAAAAACGGAAAAAACAAAAACAAAUAAUUCUUUUCCAACCGCGUUCAAAUCAAAUUUUAACGCUAGAGCCCCAAAUAAUUUUAGUAAUAAUCAAUUUAGACCUUAUGCACAAAAUAUUUCUAAUUUUAGUAACCAAAGAAAUCAAUUUAUUCCACAAAAUCCAAAUUUUCAUAAUGUAAGACCUGUGUUUAAUCAAAACAAUUCAAGACCCGUCUUCACUCAGAAUAAUUCAAGACCUGCUUUUACUUCGAAUAAUUCUAAUAAUUAUAGGAAUAAUUUCGCUAAUAAUAGAACCCCUUAUAGGAGCCCUAUGCUAAGACACCAACAAAUUAAUACCCCUACGCCUAUGAGUGGUGUGCAAUCCAUAAAUACGGAAACGAGACCUAUGACAAUUUCAACACAAAAUUUUAAUGUAGAAACAGAUUAUUAUAACGAGCCGCAUACACAACAUAAUAAUGUAGACGAAGAAUUUACAGACAAUUCAGUGUCUGAUGAACCUUCAGAAUACGUCGAGCAAAAUUUUCACGACCUCGCAUUAGACGAACACCCCCCUCCUCUGUAG